UAAAAGGCAACGCUAUUGUAUCCAGAAUGUAAUUCAUUUUGAAGGCGAUGCUUCAAUUACGAUGAUCAAUAUGUUGAAGUUCGUCAUUUUUGGCGUCAUUGCCGCACAGGUAUACGGUGAUGCACCUGAAGCCAUCGUGGGUGGCAACAACGCCGGAAGCGGUCAGUUUGUGUAUCAAGUCUCUCUUCAAGUAUAUAGUUUUCAUGUUUGCGGGGGUAGUCUCAUUAGUAACAGACAUGUUCUCACUGCUGCUCAUUGUGUUGAGGAUGAAAAUGAAUAUGAAUACAUGACUGUUGUGACUGGUACUAUCAGAUGGGGGUCAAACGGAGAAAGACACAAGAUCAAAUGCAUACGCUUGCAUCCAAGCUAUACUGGAAGGAGAGAAGAUGGCUGGAAGGACGAUAUCGCUGUGAUCACUUUGGAAACGCCGAUCACGGAAAACAGUCUCCAACGUCCAAUUGCUCUAGCAAGUAAGGAUUAUGGCGAUGGCAACUAUCGUGGUUUGGUAAGCGGAUGGGGAAAGACUAGUGUGGAUUCAGACCCUUCGCCGAUACUUAAAUGGAUCAUAGUGAACGUUUUGAGCCAGGCUGACUGCCUAGCCGCACACAAGCGAACACCGUAUGGUAAUGCAUUCACCAAUCGAAAACAUGUAUGCACCUUGGAGAAAAUUGGGAAAGGCGCAUGCCAAGGUGACAGCGGCGGUCCUAUUAUGGUCAACGGUGAGCUCUGUGGUGUCGUCUCGUGGGUUACGCCCUGUGCCAAGGGUAAAGCUGAUGUAUUCACUAAUGUCUAUUAUUAUUUGGAUUUUAUUAAGCAGUCACAAGACAUGUGCUGUAAUAGCGGAAUACUGAGUGUUCCACGUAUCCAGAUAGCAAUUUGUUGUGGACCUGGUUACCGAAUUACGGCCAUUGACAAAAUGAAGUUAGCAAUUUUGCUGAUUGUCGGCGUUAUCGCCAAAGUAUACGGCGAUGAACCUGAACCUAUCGUGGGUGGUAACUUGGCAUCGCCUGGACAAUUUCCAUAUCAAAUCUCCCUUCGGCAAGGCGGCAGCCAUACUUGCGGAGGAACUAUUAUUGACGCGAGAACUAUCGUCACAGCUGCUCAUUGUAUACCGGCCCAAAGUCAGUGGAGAACCAUGACUGUUGCAACUGGAACAAACAGCGCACGAGGUGGUCAAAUACACCAAAUCAAGUGCAUUCAAGUGCAUCCAGGGUUCAGCAUGAGCCACCUCAGGGACGAUAUCGCUGUGAUCACUUUGACACAACCGAUUGCCUUUAGCAAUAUACAAAGUUCAAUUCCUCUAGCGAGUAGAAAUUAUGCCGAUGGCCAAACUACUGCUAUAGUAAGCGGAUGGGGAAAGACCAGCGUAAACUCAGGCGUUUCGCCAACGCUUCAAUGGCUCCAAGUGAGGCUGUUGAGCCCUUCUGAGUGCCAAAGAGCGCAUUCAAGCACUACUGUUAAACAGAUAUGUACUUUUAACAGCCGUGGAAGAGGUGCCUGCCAAGGUGACAGCGGCGGUCCUCUCGUUUGCAACGGUCAACUUGUUGGUGUUGUUUCCUGGGGCAUUCCAUGUGCUCUGGGUCAACCUGAUGUAUUCACUCAUGUUGUCUAUUAUGCGGACUGGGUUCGGCAAUGUCAACAGAGGUGCUGAUCGUUCGAAUAAUCAUAAUCGACAGGCAAUCUAUAUUUCAGACGUUAUCCAAAAUUUUCAGUUAUAUUAUAUGAAACGCGUUGCUAAUGUCACUAAUAUUUUCUGCAGAAAUAAUAUAAAAGCAUAAAAUAAACAAUAAAAAUAUUAUUCAAAAUAAA